AUGAGACUACGACAACAAACACCAGCCGUCACGUCUCGCAAUCCAUUUGGUCUAUCAACCAUGAAUUCGAAUUCGAAUCCACUUGAACAGCCUCAGGGCACCAGCUCCUUCGAGGGAACCGACUACUCUAGUACCCCAACCGUUAAUCACCAGCACAGGGUCAACGGCAACGAGGCAGAUGCCAACGUGGAUCCCAGGUACGUAGGUCCGAGUUCCCUAACUCGCGAUUUUGCUCACAGAGAUCAUAGGCUAGCCAUUAUGCAACAGUAUCACGACGAAAGGUUCCCCGCAAACCGUCAUCAGAACGGGUAUGCGCAACACCCGCAGCUUCAGUACCUCCAGCAAGCGGCUUUUCCGCCAACUCCAACCGAAUCGUCGAGUCAGUAUACUGGAGUAUCGAGUCCAUAUGGAGGUAUCCAGAACCCGCACCCCUACCUGAGUGAGAAUCACCACGGUUCUCAGGAUCUCAACCAAAACCCCCCUCAAGAUUAUAACCAGAUCGCCCACCAUGAUCCUAAUCAUGACUUCUAUCAGCAGCUCAACCAGAACCUCCACCAAGCUCUUCAACCUGCCCCAGCUCUACAGCAUGCCCCAGCUCUACAGCAUACCCCGGCUCUACAACAUGCCCCAGCUCAUGUGCAGGCCGGUAACCAGAAUCAGCCAACUGCUCUGCACCUCUUGCUGGAGUCGGAGAUUCCCAAGGGACAGUAUGCGCCUGGUGCCCCGUACCCCCCUACUGACUACGUUGUCGCACCUCGCGGAACGGAAGGAGAUCACACAUCUUACGUGCAGGGACAAGAAUGGCUUUCUGAAGACAACUUACCCCGUCGCGUUGGACUCCUUGUGCAGGUCGCCGAUCCUCCUAUCGAUGCACCGGAGAUGUUGAGGAAUCCUGUCACGAACCAGGUGGUAGUCGGGGCCAACGGACAUGGCCUCAGGGAUCUCCCGAUAUUGCCGAGGACUAUCUCCAGUUUGGUCGAACCGUGGCGCAUAUAUGUAUGGCUCAAGUACGACUCCCGCGUGGCAUACAAAGACAUCGUUAACAGGUUCCCCAAGCCAAAAGGAACUAGGGCGCAGGAUAUCAACAAGGAGUGUCGAAGAUUGACAUCUGCUGCCACGAGAUGGCAGCAGAGGUACUCAGGCUUGCCUGGAAACCAUCGGAAUGUUGGAAAGGAUAAGAACGAUAAGCACAAGGAGGACAUGAAGCUGAUACAAAAUCUAUCCGACGAGCAGAUCCAGUUCAACACGGUCUGGAACCUGCGCCCAGGUGCCUCAGAUGAUACACGAUACAUUCAGCAGCCGCAACUCCUGAAGAACAACCCCAACAACCAAAAUGGGAUGUGGCUGGCCCAUGCAACCAACAGGAUGAGUGAGCGCGUCGCGAAGAUCAUCAACGACCUCCGCAGUAUCAAGCAGGAAGCGAACGAAGCUGGGUAUGAGGAUUGGGAGAAAUACUGGAACGAGAACACAAACAAAUGUACCACUGUCAACAGAGGUCAUGGCAAGCGCACUCGCUCCAGGAAGGAGCCGCAAAACCCCGACGCGGCAGUAGCUCCCACGAUGCAGGCCCCUCCGGCCACUUUGGCGGCGAUGGGUGCGGCGCCUGCUGUUCCUCAAGGAGGAUAUCACCAGGCAGGUGCACCGAUAACUGGGCAGGCGAUGCUUGGUGCGGAAGCGGGGGCACUGCUCAAUGGCAUCCAAGUCCCGAACACGAUUGCACCGCCCACGGCUACAACUUCAAACAGCACUUCCAGGAAGCGCCGUGCUUCCGCGGAUCUGCCUGGUCGCUCCGAACUGGACGGUCCAGCCACACAAGGCCCACAGAAGCGUCGUCGUAUUGGAACUGAGAUUCCACCCAUUGCCACAACUUCGCCUAUCAUCUCCAGGAAGCGCGGUGCUUCAGCAGCCCUGCCUGAUCACGAUGAUCCGGCCACACAAGGUCCGGCAAAGCGUCGUCGCAUCGAGACCGAGUUGUCGGAGACUCUUUCGGAGCUUGACGAAGAAUCUCAAAUGAAGUGGCUUCGUAAGCAGUACCGGAAGAUCAAUAAGGCGAAGGCAGCCAGGAAGUACGAUAACCGGUACAGCAGGUCUGGGAUCCGAGACAGCCUGAAGAACCUCAAGGCUGUACAGAACUUCGCCUCGGAGAACUUCAGCGAAGACCCUCUGCUCAACGACUGGAUCGGAGAGACAGUUGAAAAUGGAGAGGCCGAACUACUCGCUGCAUACAGUUCACCUACUCCACAGCCCGAGCCGCAACCGCGCCAAAGGGCGUCCGCUCUGCCGGCUGUUCAGUCGCGUUCGCGCCAGUCCCCGAUCUUCUCAGACCCUCCUUCCGGAGGCAGAGCCUCCCAAUCAAGACGGGAACGGUUAACUCCAGAGCAAGACACUAUGAUCCAAGGGUUGACAAAUACCAGCAGGGUUUGUGAUAACGCUGCGUGCCCAAACGAUGAGUUUGACUCGUCGACCCCUUUCAUCCCUUGUGCUUUUUGUCACAGGGUAUUCUACUGUGGUGAGGCGUGCUUGUGGAAUGGCUUGGAUAGGCACCAUUUUCAAUGCACUGGACCUCAAUUGGGCGAGGCCAGCAACUUCGAUCCCAGCAACAUCGAUCCUCAAUUAAGGGACGCUGGCAACACAGCAGAAACCGUCCCACAGUACGCAGGCCCUAGCAACGGUGAGAGCAGCUCUCGGAUCCAGCAGGGUGAGCAGGCACCCGUACCUCUAAGCCCGUACAUCAUAGCUCACAGGCUCACUGAUGAUUACCAAAUGCAGUUCCUGGUGUAUGAUGGUGCAACUGAUUGGGUCAACCGGGAAGAAGCCAUCCAACGCACAAGUGAGCAAAAGUUCUUGCUUUACUACAAUUUCGAAGUCAACAAGCUUGACGAUGAGUGGGACCCAGCAUUCGUUGCUUUCCAGCCUUGGGGGCUUCACAAUGAUGAGGUCAACUUCACAUAGGAUGGGAUGACGGACGGUUUGGAGGAUUGAUAGGCGGGCGUUUGUACGCUUCCAACGAGGUGAAUGGUGCUAGAUGCUCUAGCACUAAGGACUGAUGAUUGAUGACUGAGAUAUAUGCAUGUAGCUAGAUUUCUGAGUCAAAUAUGGUGCGAUAGAACGACUGAGAAGUAUUUGUUGAGCGAAUUGUUUUCUUCUGUUAGAGCCUCACUAUAGUUUUUG